UCGACUGCUCCGCAGCGUGGUCCUUUGGCCCCCUAAGGUUGCCGCCCCCUGGCCGUUUCCCGGGCAACGCCUCCCGGCCGUUUCCCCCGGCAACGCGCGGCCGGCCGCGGCAGUCUCCGCCAUGGACUCGCUGUCUAGCGCCGGGCCCCGCCGGCCUCGCGACCGCCUCGGGGUGAGGUCCUCCGGGUCGCGGGCUGCGGCAACGCCCUGGGCGCGCUUCUCGGCCUGGCUGGAGUGCGUGUGCGUGGUCACCUUCGACCUGGAGCUGGGCCAGGCGCUGGAGCUGGUGUAUCCCGGCGACUUCCGGCUCACGGAUAAGGAGAAAAGCAGCAUCUGCUACCUGUCCUUCCCUGACUCCCACUCCGGCUGCCUCGGAGACACGCAGUUCAGCUUCCGAAUCCGUCAGUGCGGAGGGCAGAGGAGCCCCUGGCGCGCCGACGACGGGCGCUAUGACAGUGAGGCCCCCGUGACGCUGCAGAGGGAAUCGGCGCACUACUUCGGCUACGUGUACUUCCGGCAGGUGAAGGACAGCUCCGUGAAGAGGGGCUACUUCCAGAAGUCUCUGGUGCUGGUGUCCCGUCUGCCCUUCGUCCGGCUGUUCCAGGCACUGCUGAGCCUGGUGGCCCCCGAGUUCUUUGACAAGCUGGCACCCUGCCUGGAAGCAGUGUGUAACGAGAUCGACCAGUGGCCGGCCCCCGUGCCCGGGCAGACCCUGAACCUCCCUGUCGUGGGAGUCGUCCUGCAGGUGCACAUCCCAUCCAGGGCGGACAAGCCGGAGUCCAGUCCUCUGACGCAGUGUGGCCAAGAGAACCUGCUGCCAGCGCCACUGGUCCUCACCAGUGUCCACGAGCUGGACCUGCUCAGGUGCUUGCAGCCGGUGCUCACCCACGUGCAGACGCUGUGGGAGCUCAUGCUCCUCGGGGAGCCCCUGGUGGUGCUGGCGCCCUCGCCGGCCGUGUCCUCGGAGAUGGUGCUGGCCUUGACCAGCUGCCUGCAGCCCCUCAGGUUCUGCUGCGACUACCGCCCCUACUUUACCAUCCACGACAGCGAGUUCAAGGAGUUCACCACGCGCACGCAGGCCCCACCCAACGUGGUCCUGGGAGUCACAAACCCUUUCUUUAUCAAGACGCUCCAGCACUGGCCCCACAUCCUCCGCGUCGGGGAGCCCAAGAUGUCAGGGGGUCUUCCUAAACAGGUCAAGCUGAAAAAGCCCUCGAGGCUGAAGACCCUCGACACCAAACCAGGCCUGUACACCGAGUACACCGCGCACCUGCGCCGCGACAAGGCGCUGCUCAAGCGGCUGCUCAAGGGCCUGCAGAAGAAGCGGCCGGCAGGGGUGCUGACCACGCUGCUGCGGCGGCACCUCCUGGAGCUCACGCAGAGCUUCAUCAUUCCGCUGGAGCACUACGUGGCCAGCCUCAUGCCCCUGCAGAAGAGCAUCACGCCCUGGAAGACUCCUCCCCAGAUCCGCCCCUUCCACCAGGACGACUUCCUGUGCAGCCUGGAGCAUGCUGGGCCCCAGCUCACCUGCAUCCUCAAGGGUGACUGGCUGGGCCUCUACAGGCGGUUCUUCAAGUCCCCCCACUUUGAUGGCUGGUACCGGCAGCGGCGCAGAGAGAUGGCCCGCAAGCUGGAGGCCCUGCACCUGGAGGCCAUCUGUGAGGCGAACGUCGAGACCUGGAUGCAGGGCAAGUCAGAGGUGGAGGUCGUGGACCUGGUCCUCAAGCUGCGGGAGAAGCUGGUGCGGGCCCGGGGCCACCAGCUGCCUGUGAAGGAGGAGACGCUGCAGCGGGCCCGGCUGCGCAUCGAGGCCGCCGUCCGCUCCCUGCCCCAGGACCUGCAGGCCGUCCUGUGCCCGCCCUAGGUCGGGCCCAGCCCUAGGUCGGGGUGAGCCCUGGGACGGGGCCUCUCUGCCCCCCCGGGGGGGCCUGGGACUGGCCCGGUGUGGGGAGGGGCGGCCCCGCAUCAGGCAUGAGCUCCCCCAUCCGGGCCCCCUGCCCCGCAGCACCACUUUGCACCCCAAAGCACCGCUUUGUCCCCGCAGUAAAGGUGGCACUUGGAACGACAGCCUAGCCUCUGACUGGUGGCGGGCCCUCUGUUGGCCAGAACCUCACCUCCCCCGGAGCCCCAGCUGCCCUCUGCAGGGCUGCAGGCUGGGGGGGCGGGGCUGGCUGCGAGCCCUUGCUGUUCUGGGCCUGGGGCCACCGCCCCCUCCAGGCACCCAUCUGCCCGAGCCCAGCAGGUCCCCAGACGCUGCGUUUGAUGUGUCCUUGAGCCCCAUCAGGCCGCCGGGCUCAGGAGAGGGAGAGGCAGCCGACCAGCAGACUGCCCCCCUCACACUGCAGCUGGGGUAGUCCCUGACUGGCUGGGCUUGGGAGGGUGAGGAGCUCGGCCAUGUGGUUCCUGGGGAGGCCACCAGGGGGCAGUGUGGGGCCCGGCCAUCAGGGUCCCCCACCCUCGGGGGCCUUGUCCCAGGUCCCAUCCCCGGAGCACCCCACGGAGGGACUGUUGCAUCUGCCCCUGGUGACACUUGAGCCCUCCCUGCCCCCCCCACCCCCCAGCCAGGGCCCUCCACAGCCGAGGCAGCCUCUGGCACCGAGCUCUCAGAGGGGGGUCCACUCCCCAGCCAGGCCCCCAGCUGCCGCAGCACUGUCAGGACUCAGCACCCAGUGGCCAGUGGGAGGGCGGGUGUGAGGCACGGACCCAGAGGUGUGGGCCUUCAGGUCUGCCGCCUCCCAGCCCCCCACCCUCAGGCCCCUCACUAGAGGGGGCGCUGGGCCUCGCGCUGUAGCAGGUGCUCGCAGAGUGAGGGGUGGGCACGGCCGGGUAGGCACUGGGUCGCUUCUGAAGCCCCACUCCGCCCAGGCCUGGGGGUGGGGGGAGAGCGCUCCCCGCCCCUCCGCCCCCCGCCCCGGGGCCGGAUGGUCUCAGAGCCUCCCCUGCCAGCCUGCCUGGCCCUGCCCUCCGCCCAGGACGGCCUGUCACGGGCCCCACUCCACAGAGCACAGCAGAGGCAGCAAACGCACGUUUGCAGAGGGAACGGGCUGGAGGCCCCGCAGCGAGAGGGGUCCCCCGUUGGCCCUGAGUGCCACUCUCGGGGCCUGCCCCCGGCUGUGUGCUCUGGAGGGGGGGGGGGCGCUUGCCACACAGUCUGCAAGGACACCGGACUGUCCUCAGGGCUGGUGGGCUCUCCGACCCCCACAGGAAAGGGCUGAGGGGACUGUGAGGCCCUACUGUCAGCUGCCCUCACUCAGCUAGUCCUGACCCCUAACCCCUAACCUCAAACCUAACUCCACUGGCUGGAGGCGGUGCCAGUCCUGGGCCCGGCCCCUCACUAUAACCCACUGUGGGGGGGUGGGGAGGCCACCCAGGGGAGAGGAAGGGGCAGCUGGGCCAGAAGCAGCAAACCUGCCCCUAGCAGAGCCCUGGGGACAGAAGGGCCCAGAUGGGCAGAAGCCGGGUGACUUCCCCGGGGUGGCCAGUGCUGGUGGGCCCACCGUGGCCUCCUGAGGCUGGAGGGCCUGGGGGGGGGUGGGGCAGAGACGCAGCCGGUCGCCCUGGGGACAGGAAGGACAGUUCACCCCCAAGCUUCCUGCGCUCUAUUUAAAGAUUCCUUUAGUCUGGGAUACUGGCCUUCCCACAUGUUUGGUAGUAAAAUGUCC